UACACCCUGCACCAGCCAGCCAAAAAGAGGAGAGCAUCCUCCUCGCAGCAAGAGAAAGAAGAAAACCACGGUCUCGGCGGCAAUGCCGACCUCCGGCGACGCCUCGGGCGCCCUGCCCCACGUCGUGCUCCUCCCGAGCGCCGGGAUGGGCCACCUCGUCCCGUUCAGCCGCCUAGCGGUGUCUCUCACCUCCUCCGGCCACGGCUGCGGCGUCUCGGUCGCGACCGUGCUCCCCACCGUGUCGUCCGCCGAGUCCGCCCACCUCGAGGCCCUGUUCGGCGCGUGCCCGGCCGUGCGCCGCCUCGACUUCCACCUCGCGCAGUUCGACGCCUCCGAGUUCCCCGGCGCCGACCCCUUCUUCCUCCGCUUCGAGGCCAUGCGCCGCUCCGCGCCACUCCUCGGCCCGCUCCUCGCCGGCGCCAGCGCGUCGGCGCUCGUGACGGACAUCGCGCUGGCCUCCGUGGUCAUACCCGUCGCCAAGGAACUCCGCCUCCCCUGCUACGUACUGUUCACCGCCUCCGCCGCGAUGCUCUCCCUGUGCGUCCAUUUCCCCGCCUACCUCGACGCGAAUGCCGGCGGCCCCGUCGGCGACGUCGACGUCCCCGGCGUGUACCGCAUCCCCAAGGCUUCCAUCCCGCAGGCGCUGCACCACCCCGAGCACCUCUUCACCCGGCAGUUCGUCGCCAACGGCCGCGAGCUCGCGAAAGCCGACGGCCUCCUGGUCAAUUCCUUCGACGCGUUCGAGCCAGAAGCCAUAUCUGCACUCCGGGAUGGCUCCGUCGCUAUCGGGUUCCCACCAGUUUUCUCGGUUGGGCCACUCGCUCCGGUGAGUUUUUCUGCAGGUGAACCGGCGGAAAACCAACCUGAUUACAUCCGGUGGCUCGAGGCGCAGCCGGCGAGGUCGGUGGUGUACGUCAGCUUCGGCAGCCGCAAGGCAAUAUCCAAGGACCAGCUCAGGGAGCUCGCCGUCGGGCUCGAGGCCAGCGGCCACCGGUUCCUGUGGGUGGUGAAAAGCACCAUCGUCGACAGAGACGACGAGGCCGAGCUCAGCGAGCUGCUCGGCGAAGGGUUCUUGGAGCGUGUGCAGGGGCGAGGCAUGGUGACCAAGGGUUGGGUGGAGCAAGAAGAGGUCCUGAAGCAGGAAUCUAUCGGUCUUUUCAUCAGCCACUGCGGCUGGAACUCGGUGACGGAGGCGGCGGCGAACGGAUUGCCAAUUCUGGCGUGGCCGAGGUUCGGGGACCAGCGGGUGAACGCCGGCGUGGUGGCGCGCAGCGGGCUCGGUGUCUGGGAGGAGCGGUGGAGCUGGGAGGGGGAGGAAGGGGUGGUGAGCGGGGAUAAUAUCGCGGAGAAGGUGAAGGCGGUAAUGGCGGACGAGACGGUGAGGAAGAAGGCGGUAUGCGUCCAGGAUGCGGCGGCGAAGGCAGUCGCCGAUGGCGGCACGAGCUACAGCAGCGUGGCGCAAUUCGUGCAACAGUGCCGGGAUCUAAGCGUCAGCAAGUAAUACCACGUGCCUACACUAGAUUCGUAACAGAGAAUAAAUAUCAAUAUUGUUCUACUACCUCACAAGUACUGUAAUUUUUAAGAAAAAUAAUCCGCAUCAGCAAAA